CCUGUGUUGUGUUUGGGAACGUUGGUUAGAAACUUAACCAAAAUGUCGCUGGUCAUUCCAGACAAAUUUCAACAUAUUCUUCGUAUCAUGAAUACGAACAUCGAUGGCAAACGCAAGGUUAUGUUUGCGAUGACGGCUAUCAAAGGUGUUGGCCGGAGGUACUCCAACAUUGUUCUCAAAAAAGCCGACAUUGAUCUUGACAAGCGUGCUGGCGAAUGCACAGAAGAAGAGGUUGAAAAAAUUAUCACUAUCAUGUCGAAUCCUAGGCAGUAUAAGAUACCAGACUGGUUCCUAAAUAGGCAAAAGGAUAUUGUUGAUGGUAAAUACAGCCAGCUGACCUCCUCCAACUUGGAUUCAAAACUCCGUGAAGAUUUGGAGAGGCUCAAGAAGAUUCGCGCUCACAGAGGGAUGCGACAUUACUGGGGCCUUCGUGUGCGUGGUCAGCACACUAAGACUACUGGCAGGAGAGGAAGAACUGUUGGUGUAUCAAAGAAGAAGUAAACUAAACAAAUAAAAAAUUCAACUCA